AUGUAUCAUCGCAUGUGUGGAAGAUUUAGUACAUUGAGAAACUUUUUGCCCGAUGAAUUAGGCAAAACUACAAAUUUAAAAUUUCAUGAUAAUGGAAAGAUUAAAAAUUAUUGCCCUAAUCAGAACUGCAAUACUGAUCUCGAUAAAAUAAAUGCUGCAUGUCUAUGGUUGCUCAAGCAAACUAUUGUUAAUAAUAUUGAUAGUUUAACUAAUGAAGAGCUUAAAGCGUUUAUUAUAUAUAUUAUGAUAUGGUUAAGUUAUAUGUUAAAUCUAAAGAAUGUUAAUAACAUCAACUACCUAAAAGAUUUUUAUGAAAAGCAUAUAAAGAAUAACAGUCAUUAUACUAAAUGUAAUGAAUCAGGUGAUGAUUGUAGUGAUUCAUUAAAAGAUAAACUGGGAUAUGAUAAUUUUAAGGAGUUCAUAAAAGAAAAUGAAUGUAUUAUGAGUAUUAGUAUUAUAGAAAUGUCUAAAUAUUAUGAUGCAUUUAAAUUAUUAUGUGAAAUUUAUGCUGGAGGUAAUACAGACAAAUCAAGUUGCACGAAAAAUUUGAAAACUGCUCAAGAAUUUGCUAAAAAAUAUAAAGAGCUUAGUGACGGUUCUAGUAUUACUGAAAACAGUUCAUGUAGUCAAAUAUUUCUUACUUUAUCAAAUGAUUAUAAUAGUUUAAAAAAAAAAUGUAAUGAACUUGGAUGUAACGAGUUUCCACCCCUUCCAGAGAAAACAACAAUACAAGGCCAUGUACAAAGUUCUAAAGAUAAGUCUGUAGAAAAAUCUGAAGAGAAUUCUGUACAAGGCUUUGGAGCUACAUUAUCAAAUUCGUCGAUAACAAACAAAUUAAUUCCAGUUUUAUCGAUAUUUGCUGCAAUACCAAUUUUCUUGGGAAUUGCUUAUAAGUAUUCGUUAUUUGGAUUUCGAAAACGAGAUCAAAAGCAACAUUUAAGAGAAAAAAUAAAAAAAUAA